AUGAGGCCCGUCUCAGGCUUCCGCUCCCCGACAUUGGCCCAGUGUCUCGAGGACUGGAGCCGGGCGUCGACCGAUCCCCACUACAGCAUGGACGGUUCGGACCGCAGCUCUAGCCAGUUCACCGACGUCGACACACCUCCUUCGAUCGCCUAUGCCAUCUUCCCUUCGACCGCGCCGCGACCGCCGAUCCCCGCCUUCGAACCCAAGAGGCUCGUGCUGCUCCAGAGCGGGUCCGAUAUGACGCUCAGCAGGUCGUACGAAUCCGACCUCAACCUCGACUGCGGCCUGUUCCCGCUUCCUCCUACACGAAAUGCCCUCGAGCCCGAGGCCAUCUCCAAGCCUCCCCAGACGAAUGCGACUGCCGCUGCGCGCAACAUCAAGACGGGCAUCGAAGUGCCAUCGGGUUCGAGCAGGCUCGGCAUCCUCGCCGAGGAUAGCGAGGACAAUGCGCCCGGGCCAUCAAUCCCUAGGGACGGAAGGACAGUGCCUUACCACGGCACCAGCUCUUCUCAAUAUCCAUCUCGCAGCUCACCGAUUCGGACCUCGCCUCCCCGGCGGCGGCCCCAUACUAGCGAUGCCUUGCAGCGAUCCGCAUCGACCGACAGCCAGUUCUCGACCUCUUCCUCGCACCACCGUUUGAUUAGUCUUGGCAAUAUGACCAUUGGAGAGCCCCUGAGCUCGCGGUCUAGGAAGUCUUCGAGCGGCUCGACGCCGCCCCAGCGCACCUCGUCGCCGAGGCUGGCGUCUUCUUUAGGCUUCGAUCCCGCCCCGGCCCCGCCACGGUCUCUUACCAUGGACGAGCCUCGUUCAAAGACCACCGAUGCACAGGCCCGUCGUCUCUCGGCACGUCCGAGAGCCACGCCACCUCCGCGCUUGCCGUUGCCCGACCCGUACGCCGCCAACAAGGCAGGCAGCGCCGAGGCUGGACCGUCGCGCCAAGCCGCAGUCCGCCCUCGCACCGCCUCGCUCUCGUCGCGCUCGUCGCGUGGGCUUGCCGAGGGACAGCUACAGUCCAACCGCUCCUCGCGCGAAUGUCCCGCCCUGCCAUCGCCCAUCACGCCUCUGACGCCCAUGCCGAGGACGCCGGGAUCCGCAACACCUCUAGGACGGGUCCCCUUCCCUUACGGAGAGGCUGAGGACUACCUCGGACAUGGAGAGACGCAAGGAGAAGGGGCGAGGAUGAGGAGCAGAUCGACUGCGGCGCCCGCGGGCAGCAGGCCGCGCACUGCACCAGGGCCUUCGGGCACCCGCAACCUGCAGCCCGUCGCCUCGGCCAGCAACCUGCUCGUCACACCGACGCCACAGCGGCCCGAGAUCCGGCGUUCGCGCUCGAGCACCUUCCGCACCGUGAGCCAGACGUUUGGCGGCAAGCUGCGCAACCUGGCCAAGACGCUCGUCGGCACCGACAAGGAUGCAGAGAGCGACGACGAGGACACGUCCGGUGUCUGGGGCACCAGGUACCGCGCGCCCACCCCGGACCUCGAGGAGUGGUGGAUGGACACGCUGGUCCAGCACAAUGCUCCGAGCAAGACCUUCGAGGAGCCGGCCGCGACCGCCGCCUCGCAGGACUAUAACGAAGCUAUUCGCGGGCUCACCUCGUGGGCCGAGAGGGCAACGGCCGCAACGAAGGAGCUGCCGCCAACACCCACGCGGAUCCCGCAUCCGUACCAGUUCAAUAGCUUCACCGACACCGAGAGGCUCGAGACGGUCUCACGGUCUUCAUCGAACAGGUCUUCGGGCCGCGGCGGCGUCGACGAGCGCCGUGCGAUGGCCGGCGACGCACCUGCUUUGGCAGCUUACGAUGGGGAGAUCUCGCUGGACUACGCCAGCAUCGCGCUCGGGAUCACCGAGACCGAGUUUGUCGACGAGGACGAGGAGGUGCAGCCCCCGGCGUUCGAGGCGGAGCAGCGCUGCCACACCUUCCACGACUACGAGCCUCAUCUUCAUCAGUACCACGGGCACCAUCGUCUCGGCUUGUCGUAG